CAACCACCACCACGAGUAUCAGCAGCGAGAGAGCACAAACCUACCACCAUUAGCAUCGUUACCAUUACUGUUGAGUUCUUCUUUGGAUACGAGUAUAUUACAUAAAGAGACACAUUUUAUUGGCCAGUUAACGAACUUACGAACGAGUGCGUAUCUCUCCGUCUCUCCGUGUGAAAGUGUGUGAGUGCAAGCUGUGUGCGCGCGCGCGCACUCGCGCGCAAUAGAGCAAACCUGCGCUUUUCGGAGAACGACAAAAUAUCAAGAAAGAAUUACUGGAACGGAGAUAUCUUACGUAAAUCCCAAGCGAGAACCAAGGACAACCGAUUCACGUUCUAUCAAGGCAAAAAUAAAAAUAACAAGAAGAAGAAAAAGGAGAGAAAUAAAGAAGGGAAAUAGCCUAGAGUGAAAGUUUGACUCUGCCUUUCGUUUAACAAUUUUGAUCUGCGGUUAGAUCCAUGAACUCACUUCAUCAGGCAACGACCUUUAGAUUUGUUCCUUCCUUUUCAUUUUUUUCUUCUAAACUCACACCUAAAAGCGUUGAGGUCAAGCAUCCUUGAUUUCUUAAAGGAUAUAUCUUUAUCAUUUGAAAAGAAAUAAAACGCGAAAGAUAAAAACGAACUUAAGAAAAACAUUUUCUUUGUUGUUGAUUCGUAUAAAAAAAAAAAAAUAUUAUUAUGAGCUCUCACACUUGGCAAAGAAAUAAUAUACAAAAUUCUACCCUUACACGAUGUUGGGAGAAGUAACAUGACGAUGUGCUUUCUAAACAUAACACAUCGUGAAUUAGUUAUAACGCGAUUUCUACGUAUUGUUCGAUAAACAGAGCACAAAACAUUCUAUCUUAUAUUAGGUCCAUCGUGUAAACUAUCGAAAUAUAUUCCGGUGAAUUAAGUUUGUUGAAGAUUUCCUCCUUUUUUUUUUCUUCUUCAUUCAUCGUUUGCAAAAAAAUAGUUCUUUUAUUUAUUCUUAUCUGGAAGGAUUCGUUAAAGAAGAAUAAGGAUGAAAUUUAUAACGUCGUUAUUUGGAGAUGGGUCUCCUAAAACGAUGGGAAGAAGAUAUAUGAAAGUUGGAAGGAAUGCACUUCUUGGUAUAAAACCUGAUCAAAAAAAUGGUGCAUGUUCGGAAAAAGUGCCAACACCAUUAUCCUUGCUUAUUUCCAGAGGCGGCAAGUUAAAACACAGUAGAAUAGCAGCAAUUUGUUUUGGCUUACUGGCUUUAAUCAUUGGCAUUGUCCUCAGCAGUAUACCAUGGGUAGAUUACAUCAUCUUGAAGCAAUUGCGUUUAUGGAAUGGCUCGCUUGCUUUUCAUUACUGGCAAAAACCUGGAGUUGUUCGAUUGACCAAAGUAUACAUAUUCAACAUGACCAACACCGAAGGCUUUUUACAAUUUAACGAAAAGCCGAAACUUCAAGAAAUCGGUCCUUUUGUAUAUAAGGAAGAUAUGGAAAAAGUCAACAUAGUUUUCCAUAAUAACGGUACUGUAACUUAUCAACAUAAGAAAAUUUUACAUUUCGUUCCUGAAAUGUCCAAGGAUGAAGAUCUCAAAGUAACGGUUCCUAACAUUCCGCUGCUUACACUUUCGACGCAAAGUAAAAGCCUACCUCGAUUUAUUACAAUCGGUUUAUCGAUGUUCCUUAGCGGAAUGAAAAUGAAACCAUUUGUUCCUGUAACUGUUCAGGAACUUGUAUUUGGUUACGAUGAUCCAUUAGUUAGUAUAGCACAUCGAUUUUUUCCAAAGACUCGACGUCCGAUGAGUCAAAUGGGACUCCUUCUUGGGAGAAAUGGUACGUUAAAUGAAGUAUCAACUAUAUAUACCGGACAUACAGAUAUGAAAGAAUUCGGUUUAAUAAAUCGAUUAAAUGGAUUGGAUCAUCUACCGUAUUGGCCGGAACCACCAUGCAGUUCUAUUACAGCUUCCGAAGGCUCGUUCUUUCCGCCACGAGAUAAAACCGGAUCGGAUAUCGUUCAUGUUUGGGACAAAGAUCUCUGCCGUGUCUUGCCAUUGAAAUAUCGUGGACCAGCAAAUACGAAUAAUAUCAAAUCAGAUUUAUUUACGCCACCGGAAAAUGUCUUCGGAAGACCUGAUGAAACUACUCCGGAAAAUAAAUGUUUCUGUAUAAAUGAUCCUUCCGCUUGUUUAAUAAAAGGAUUACAAAAUAUCAGCCCUUGUCAGUACGCUGCACCAGUUUACUUAUCCUUUCCUCAUUUCUACCAAGCUGACACGAAACUUCUUGACGCGAUCGUAGGAUUAAAACCAGUAAAAGAAAUACAUGGAAGUUAUUUUAAGAUACAACCGAAACUCGGUAUACCUUUAGAAGGAAAAGUUCGAGUACAGUUAAAUCUGAAAGUAGAACGUCAGCCGGGCAUAAGCGUGGUGGAGAAUUUUCCUGAUAUAGUGUUUCCAAUAAUGUGGCUCGAAGAAGGCAUUGAAGAACUACCGCCAUCGAUUAAAAGAUGGGUGUACUUGGCGACAACAUUCGCGGAUGUCGCAAUACCUUGUGUCACUUACGGGUUUAUUCUAGUCGGUUUGAUAACUAUAAUCGCGGUCUUCGUCAAGGCCUACAACAAUGUAGUGUUUACACACGAAGCAAUAGAGUUAGGAAAGAGAACUAUUAGAAGAGGAUCGUCUUUCUUAGUAAAUCAACAGCAUCGAUUGCUUGUCAACAAGGACUCCAAUUAUGUUUUACUUAGUAACGAUAUCGAGGAGAUAUCUACCGAUGUACUUGUCUGAUUGGAACUAUUAGAUGAACAUAAAAAUGCAACAAAAUGAUACGAAAAAAACAAAUAAUAGUACCAAUGAUAUUAAUAUUAGACGAUAAGAAAUUAUUUUAUAAGACGAAACUCUACCGUUUGAUACGUCACACCAAAGUUUCGCAAAAGGUUUGUUUACGAGCUAAUAAAGUGGACGAUUAAGUGUGCUAUAAAAGUGGUAAGAACGCAACAGUUUAUUACUUUUAUCGUUUAACAAAGAUUUUAAAAUACGAGUCGCGAGAAAUGUCCGGAGUUGAUUAUUUCAUUUUCUUUUUCAUGUCUGUGAUUCCAUCCCUUUAUUUAUAAUCCUCAGAAUACAAAAUAAUGCGAUUUGCGCCUUAUCCAAUUGGUCAACGAUCAAAAUGAACGUCUUAUUUAUAAUUUUUCUCUUAUUCUAUAUUAAAACCAAUAUGCUUUCUCUCGUUGACUAAUAGAGAUACCCUCGGUUCAAAUCUAGUGCGAUACUACGAUCAUAGAUUUUAAUAUUUUUUUUAAUAACGACUAUCAAAUUAAAAAAUUGAACAAAUAUAUGUGGUAUAACAAAUAUAAAAAUUAUUGAAAUUAUUUUGAAAUAUAUAUGAUAUUUCUAAAUUAUCUGAGCUAAUCUAAUUAUCUGUAGGGAUAAAAUGGUCAUAAUAUUAUUAAAAAUUAAAAUAAUAUUUUUAUGAACUUCGUCGUACAGUUUUACUGAUGAUUAUCUUUUUUAAUUGUUAUUUUUUUUACCUCGGUAGUAUGUAAUAAUUAAUUGUAUAAGUAGGGUGGUAUUUUGCGAAAGUUAAUUGUGUAUAUAUGCAUUGGAAUAUUCGAAUAUUAUUCUUUAAUUUUAUAAUUCGUAUUAAGAAAGUGAGAAUUAUUCGUUAAAUAAAUAUGGUACUUCGUUUUUAUAUUAGAAUAAUGAUUGAAAGUUUUUCAAUAAUUUAAUAUACGUCUUUUUAUCAGUUUUAACUAAUUUUUCACUUACUUGGGGAUUAAUAAAAAUUUUAUUAUAUAAAUAAACGAACAUUUUUAUUUCGAUUUUAUUUCUCUCUCUAUCUCUUUCGUAGGAUUCUACAAUCGUUUUAUACAAAUCGAAAUAAUUAAAUGAUUGAAUUAUAUAUAUUAAGUAAGAUUAUAUUAUUUUUCUAAAAUAAAUCAUAAUUUUAGACUUUGAUAACUUUAAGGAUUACUCAUAAAUUUCAUAGAGUAUUCAACGUUGUUAUCGGCAAAUUUGGAUAAAAAAAAAGAAAAUUAUCCAUCUAUAAGUCUCACCCUAAAUGUCUCAUUAGAAAAUAAGAUUGCGCAAAUUUUAUUAUUAAAAUUUUAUAAUGAUUAAAUACGAAUGUAUUUGAUUCUAAUACGAAAAAAAGCAAAGAGAAAAACAAUCCGGUAACGAUAGAAGUGCAACUUAAAGAUCGCCACAACCCUCGAUUAAAAUUUAAAUAAAAGAAAAUAUAUAAUCACCACAAUAGCGCGAGUUUGAGAGUCCCAUCCAAAGGUUUUAAA